AUGGCCCCGCAGAGACCUGUGCGGCUGUCCCUGAAGAAGCCCACCUAUGCCGUGUGUGUGGUGGGGGUUGAGACGUCUGUGGACGUUUACAGUGAUGUGCCCAAGGGGGCCAAGACCUUCAGAGUCUCUGGGAGCCCCGGAGUGGAGGUUUUCAUGGUCUACGACCCAGCUCGGGUGACGGUGCCCACAGGCAAGUCCCACUGGCCCCUGGACACCAACGUGGAGGUGACCGUAUCCGUGGAUGCAGCCAGUAAGGACUUACAUGAUCUCAAGGUGAAGGUGUCUUACUUCGGGCAGCAUGAGGGCAGUGUCCUGGGCCACAGCAUGCUCUACCUCACUGGCGUCGACCUCUCCCUCGAUGUCGACACGCAUCGCACGGGCAAGGUGAAGAGGAGCCACGGCGACAAGAAAACCUGGCGCUGGGGCCCCGAGGGCUAUGGGGCUGUCCUGCUGGUGAACUGUGACCGGGACAGUGUCACAUCCAGAGGGCCUGACCUCACCAACAGCCAGCUAGCAUCACUGGACGACCUACAGGACAUGUCCCCCAUGGUACUGAGCUGUGACGGCCCAGACAGGCUCUUCGACAGCCACAAGCUGGUCCUGAACGUGCCCUUCUUGGAUUCCAGAAGAGUGGGGGUCUUCUGUGCUAGGGGCGGGAAUUCUCUGGAGGACUACAAGCAGGUGCUGGGGCCUCAGCACCUGUCCUAUGAAGUUGAGCGGCAGCAGGGGGAGCGGAAGAUCAGCUUCUUUGUGGAGGGACUCACCUUCCCUGACGCUGAUUUCUUGGGGCUGGUCUCCCUCAGUGUCAGCCUGGUGGACACGGAGACCCUGCCUGAGGUGCCCCUCUUCACAGACACCGUGGCCUUCCGCAUGGCCCCGUGGAUCAUGACCCCCAACACCCAGCCGCCCCUGGAGCUGUAUGCAUGCAGCGUGGCAGACUCUCACGGCCCAAAUAAGAAAUUUCUGGAAGACAUGUCUGACCUAGCGUUGAAAACCAACUGCAAGCUGAUCAUCUGCCCUCGGAUUGAAAAUCGAAAUGACCGCUGGAUCCAGGACGAGAUGGAGUUUGGCUACACCGAGGCCCCUCACAAGUCUUUCCCGGUGGUCUUUGACUCUCCCCGAAACAGAGGUCUGAAGCAUUUCCCCUAUAAGCGGAUCCUGGGUCCUGACUUCGGAUAUGUAACCCGGGAGAUCCUGUUCGCUGGCGCCUCCAGCCUUGACUCUUUCGGCAACCUGGAUGUCAGCCCGCCCGUCAGAGUGGGCGGCAAGGAGUAUCCCCUGGGCCGGAUCCUCAUCGGCAGCAGCUUCCCCAAGUCCGGUGGGAGGCGAAUGGCCAAGGUCGUACGGGACUUCCUGCAGGCCCAGCAGGUGCAGGCGCCUGUGGAGCUCUACUCCGAUUGGCUCUCUGUGGGCCACGUGGAUGAGUUCCUGAGCUUUGUGCCCACCUCUGACCAAAAGGGCUUCCGGCUGCUCUUGGCGAGCCCCAGCGCUUGCCUCAGACUAUUCCAAGAGAAGAAAGAGGAGGGGUAUGGGGAGGCCGCCCAGUUUGAUGGGUUAAGUCACCAGGUGAAUAGAAGCAUUAAUGAGAUGCUGGCGGACCGUAGUCUCAGGAGGGACAGUCUCUAUGUACAGAAAUGCAUCGACUGGAACCGGGAGGUGCUGAAGCGGGAGCUGGGCCUGACCGAGCGGGACAUCGUGGACAUCCCCCAGCUCUUCUCCCUGAAGGGCUCCUAUGCAGAAGCCUUCUUCCCUGACAUGGUCAACAUGGUGGUCUUAGGCAAGUACCUGGGCAUCCCCAAGCCCUUCGGACCCAUCAUCAACGGCCGCUGCUGCCUGGAGGAGAAGGUGCGGUCCCUGCUGGAGCCGCUGGGCCUCCACUGUAUCUUCAUCGACGACUAUUUGUCCUACCACGAGCUGCUUGGGGAGAUCCACUGUGGCACCAAUGUGCGCCGGAAGCCCUUCUCCUUCAAGUGGUGGCACAUGGUGCCCUGAGCCUGCCUCCACCCGCCGUCUCCUCUUCCCACCUGCCAGGGAGCCCCGCCAGGGUGAGGGCAAGGAACCUCCACCCGGCCUCCAUCCUCUUAGGGGAGCCUCGGGCGCUUCUUCCCGAGUGCCUGCAAACGUGCUGGCCACUGCAGGCCUGGGGAUACGGCGGUGGGCAUCACACACCCUCACCUCUGGAGUGGCCUCCCUGGCCCGAGGAGGAUUGUUUUCAUUCCUCCCUCCCUCUUCCUGACCCAACACUCCCAGAGGUUCUGGAAAAGGGCAAUGGUCUUAACCUAUUCACGGCCGGCCGUGCAUGGUCACGGCAGGCGCCCCACUUUGAGUAGCUUCCCCUCUCUUCUGAUAUUCCUUUCAUGUCGGCACCAGGAAUGGGACCCAGAGGGCCUGGGCUCCCGGGUGGGGGCCUGGGCCUAGGGAACCUGUGGUUCUCGGAAGAGCAGGAGCAGGGAGGUGAGGCACCCCCCUUUUCUCUACCAGCUGUCCUCUCCUGCAGGCGACCCUCAAGCGUGACCUCCUGGUACCCCUCAGCCACAUUUAUAGAGGCAAGUAGGGAUAGGAAAACCCAGCAUCUGAGGGCCUGUUUUAAAAAGAAAAGGCAACAAAACCCCUUUAAUACCUGACUCCAUCCUCAGCAGGGUGCUUGUUACCUGGUUAGAAAGCCUUUAAUUAUGAGUACUGGCUGCUUCCGGCCCCCAAACGCUGUGAGGCCAGAGAGAGGCCUCAGGGGGGCACACAGAGGCAGGCUGGCAGGAGGCCAGGGUGGCGCAGGAAGCCGAGGCCUGAGGACGAGCCGUGAGGCUUGCCCUCCGUGUCCUAUGUCCCCACUUUGGAUUUUGGACUCUGGAUGCGAAGCGGGGGCUGGCCGU